AUGGAGUUCGUCUCGACAGGCAACUCGCAUUUGCGAAUACUGGCAGGAUCUAUUGUCAAAUACAUCACCAUUCCGGAAGGCACCUUGACCAGCGAAGACCUCGAGGACCUACCCUUCGACUUCCAAAAUAUCCUGCCACCUAUGGACUACACCGGCAAUUGGCAAUCAGCAAUCGUGGCACGCGAUGAGCUCUCGGGCGAGCUCGUGUCCAUACUCUCUUCCACACCAUUGCCGGGAGUCCGGGAUAGGUGGUGCUCUCGUUCGGUAGACUUUUUGUCCCUCAAACGUGUUCGCCUACUCGCUCCUCAAACGGCAAUCUUCACCUUGAAGGACUCCACAUCUUUGGAGGGUGUUCAAACAGCAGCGGCGACUCUCCUGAUCGGCAAGAUGGCCCGCUUCGGUGGGGAAAUACUUUACAUGGAAACCGAGACCAGAGCAUAUCGUUUGUUGAAUGACGCCCGACAGCAUCAGCGGACUGUACCGCGUACACCAAGAUUCCUCGCCCAUAUUGAAGAGGGUGGGAGGAUCAUCGGCAUGCUUUUAGAGAAGGUCGAAGGUCGUCCGGCUUGUGAGUCUGACGUCGCUGAGUGUGCUCAGGCGCUGAGGGAGUUGUUUCGCGUCGGAAUACUGCAAACCGAUUGCAACCGGUACAAUUUCCUGGUUAAUGAUAGUGGUCAUGUCACUAUCAUUGACUUUGGUAAUGUAACAUUCAUCACUACAGAGAAUGCUGCCGAGGGGGCGGCAAUGCUUGAGGAGCAAAUUGAAGGUCUAGAGGAGCAAUUCCGGGAUACCUCUGGCGCAGGGACAGUUUCUUGGGCUUGA